GCUCCCUCUUGAGCCGCCGCUUCCGGCCGCAGCUUUCCCGCCCCUCUCACCUCAGCGCCUGAGGCGGCCGCCGGGCGAUGAACUCGCUGCUCUUCGGGGAGAUGGCCCGCGCCUUCUCCCCCGGCGGGGCGGCCGCCUCCUGCCCGCUGGGGCCCGGCGGCGGCCCCGGCAGCCCGGCUGCGGCGGCGGGGGGCCCGCCGGUAACGGCAGCGCUUCGUAACGACCUGGGCUCCAACAUCCACCUGCUGAAGGGGCUGAACGUUCGGUUCCGCUGCUUCCUGGCCAAGGUGCACGAGCUGGAGCGGCGCAACCGGCUGCUGGAGAAGCAGCUGGCGGCCCAGCAGAGCGAGCGCGAUCGCCGCCUGCGCUACAAAACCUUCUCCCGGGACCAGGCCGUGCAGACCGACUCCGGAACCGCCCCGCUGCUGCCGCCGCCGGGCCCCGGCCACGGGCUGGCCGCCGCUCCCCUCGCCUCCCCGCCGCACUACAGCCGUUUGCCCGGCACCAUCUGGAGCUACACCCAGGUGCGGCGGACCGGGGGCGGCGGGUUGGAGACGGUGCAGGGGCCCGGUGUCUCCUGGAUCCAUCCGGAUGGCGUCGGGGUGCAGAUCGAUACCAUCACCCCCGAAAUCCGCGCCCUCUACAACGUGCUGGCCAAAGUCAAACGGGAACGGGAUGAGUACAAGAGAAAAUGGGAAGAGGAACUGACAAGAAGAAUGAGUCUGGAAUCUAUGGUAGAAACCUUGCGAGAGGAGGCACAGGAAGCAGAAGCUCUCCAGGAGGAGCUAAAUGAAAAGAUUGAGAGACUGAAAGCAGAACUUGUGGUCUUUAAGGGUCUGAUGAGUGAUCCCAUGACAGACCUGGACACAAAGAUUCAAGAAAAGGCCAUGAAGGUGGACAUGGACAUCUGUCGGCGCAUCGAUAUCACAGCCAAGCUGUGCGAUGUCGCACAGCAGCGCAACUCUGAAGACGUUUCCAAGAUAUUCCAGGUGGCUUCCAAGAAGAAGGACCGCAAGCUCACCUCUGAUGAUGACCUCUCUGAGCAGGAUGGAGACAAUGGCAGGUUUUCUGAUGAUGAGGUCAGCUGCUCUUUGAACAUCACAGAUGAAAUGAAGCGAAUGUUUAAUCAGCUUCGUGAGACGUUCGAUUUUGAUGACGACUGUGAUAGUUUAACAUGGGAGGAGAAUGAGGAAACGUUGCUUCUUUGGGAAGACUUCACAAACUGCAAUCCUUCCAUUGACCUCCAAGGAGAGGAAGAAAACCUGGGAAACUUGAUCCAUGAAACAGAGUCUUUCUUUAAAACAAGAGACAAGGAAUACCAAGAAACAAUAGGGCAGAUAGAGCUGGAAUUGGCCACAGCCAAGAGCGACAUGAAUCGUCACCUUCAUGAAUACAUGGAAAUGUGUAGCAUGAAAAGGGGCCUGGAUGUCCAGAUGGAAACCUGUCGUAGGCUCAUCAAAGGCUCUGCUGACAGAAAUUCGCCAUCUCCCAGCUCUGUAGCCAGCAGUGACUCAGGAAACACAGAUGAAAUUCAGGAUGAGUUGGACAGAGAGACGGAUGUGGAGCCCAUGGUCAGCUGAUACAAAGUUGGAGCAUUCCAGUGAAAAGGGAAGAUACAAGAAAAGAUUAAAAAACAACACACUGAUGAAAGAAAGACUUGUAAGCCCUUGCGUAGGGUUUCUAAGGACUCAUUCCUACAUGCAUCCCCACCCCACCCAAGGAUUGGUGCUGUAAAUUUCUAUUGUUAUACAAAUCAAAAAUGCAGAGUCCUGUAAGAAAUCACGGGGUUUUAAUUGUGCCUUUGCCCCAAGCUGAGCCACUUUGAGCUCCAGUGGAAUAUUAAUAGCAGGUGUUUUUAUAAAAAAUAGUAUUUAAAAAAAAAAAAUCUGGUAGCAGCAGAGAAUGGUGCUGCAAAGGCUCUGGGUGUUUCAGUGAGCUCAUGGUUUUCUUGAACUGAUUGGCAAAAGGAACACUGGCAAAAUGAGAAGAAAACUCAAGACAAUUAUGGUGCAAUUACACAAAAAAGAAUGCCUCCAAAUCGAACUGUAAGCAUUUAAAAAUAAGAGUGGGUUUAGAGGCAGCUUUUAGGUUGAAACAGACAAUAUUAAAAGGAAUCUCUUCAUUCCAUCCUUCUGGGUGAAGGAGCCUUUGAGAUCUGUUCAGGCUUGCUGCUGGACUCCAGAAGCAGCUGGUCUCAGCUCGGUGGCAAAGCAGAUGGGCAAGGGAGGGCUCAUGGGGUGGGACUAUCACUGACAAACUACUAUGCAAAAACAAAAAAAAGCUCGCCUUAUUUAUAUGGAAUGUUUGGUCCCUGCUGGGCUACAGUUACCCCUUGGGGAAAGGAAAGCUGAACCCACAUUUGCACAUGUUAGUUUUCUGUAGAGCUUCUUUUGGGGAAGAAUGUGCUGUUAAAAGGCCGUUGUUUUUAGGGGCUGGUUUGAGAGGGGAAUCAGCCCUUCAGUUCCUGUGUUGUUUUGUGUUCUCUUUUAUCAGAAUUAUUUUAAUGUUUUUUUUAAACUAUAGUGUUUGCAGAUUUUUACUUUGCUGCCAGGGAGAGAACUCCAUUUUAUGCUGCUUUCGUGAUAUUUAGAGUGGGAUAGUUGAAGCAUCAGGAUAAACUGGCAUAGAUGUAAGGCUUGAGACAUGACACUGGGAGAGUUCCAAGACCACUGUUCUUCAGUAAAGCUGAACACCCAAAAAAUACUGUAAUCCUUUUUAGGGCAUAGUAAAAUGAACCUCAAACUACUGCUGCCCUAGAAUUAGGGAAGAACAGCCACCUGCUUUCUCUGUGAGAAAGUGAUAAGACCUGGGCUUUGUCAGUCUUUCUGUAUUUUUACACAGGAGAAGGCAGCACCAACAGUCAGAUCCCUUGGUCGUAUUUGAGGAAACUCUGGCAUGAUCAAGCUGUUCGUGGUUAUUAAUGGUAAUUGUAGCACCUCAGCCAGGUAGAAACAGGGUAUAAACCUCAGCCAAUAAUUUUUUGGGUUUUUUUAGACUAAGAUUGAAAGUGUAGCUUAUACUGCCUAAAGGUAACUGUGUAGUUAAGCAGUAGUUGCAAGACUUGGAGUAAAUACCAAAUGUAUUUGUUUUCCUGCCAGGAAGCUUAGAAACUGCUGUGCAGGAGCAGUGCUAGGACUGGACAGGGAAAUACCAGUUUUAAGCACCCUCUCAGUGUUAUGUGAAGGUAAGCUGGCCUAUUUUUUUUUAGCUUCCUGAGUAUUGUUUCCAAGCCUUUCUUCUGUAUUGAUCUGAAGCAGCAGGGUUGCAGUGUAAGCACACAGCCAGGAUAGAUCAGUCUUGUUUUCUUCCAAAAAGAGCACAAGUGUCUCAGCAAAUGGUGUGUUCCUGGGCAGAAAUGCCUCUUGCUUCUGUGCAGAGGGGCAGGAUCUCAGUGGGCUUCUGCUCACACUAUGGGUGCAGUGAUGUCUUCUCAAUGUGAGUCUCAUGGAGUUGCAUUGCUGUUCAGAUCCGUUUCCUGCUUGGACACGAUGGUGCUUUUUGGCCAUGUGAAUCAAAUGGGCUCCCUGUGUUGUUCAAAGUGGGGAGGAAUACUGGGAUGAUCCAUUGGAUCCACAAUCUGGAAGGCAGUCCACAACUGAUGGUUUCCUUUCCAUCCAAGAAAACAGAUCCUUGUGGUUUCCUUCCUGAUGGAAAUACUCAGUGCAGUUAUUCGUAGAGUAGCUAGCAACUACUUGGUUCCUGUGGUGUGAGGCAGGGGCUUAGUCAAAGCUAAAUAACUGUUAUCUGGAAAAGAAACCUUAUUCCAAAGUGUUAGUUCAUAUUACUCCUUAGGCGGCCAAAGUGGUAAAUGUCAUGUUCACUAGGGCUGCAAGUUGGGGUGGGGGGGAAGAGAUAUGAGAUUUUUUUAUGAAGGGGCUGGGACUGCAUGUUUUCAAUAGUCUUAAGGUUUUUAAGCCUGGAUGAAUUUCAGCUGCUAAUUAAUAUGUAGUUUCUCAUGAGACUGAGAAACAAUCUGCCAAAGCUGAAUGUCUGUGAUGCUUUAGUGACUUUGGUGUAGGAACUGUGAAGCAAUCUUCUUGCACAGUGGAUCAGCUCUCCUCAGUUCUGAAGUGCUCUUUGGUACUGGAGAAAAGGAGCCAUUUUAAUGUCUGUCCAGCUCAGCUGCUGGGUUCUUUUUCUGGAAAACUCAGUGUCCUAGUAGGAAAGAGGCUGGGUGUUGUAGAAGCUGGUAUGUUGAGGGUAGGAAAGAGUAUCCUCAGGUUUGACAGAGCCAAGUGAGGAAGCAGCAAUGAAUCUGUCAGAACACGCUGUAACCCACAGUUUAUCUCCUAGCCAGAGCUCUGAGGAGCGUCUAUACCAGGGUUGCAUUUGGUGGUGAAGUGUAAGGGAUGUGGGUCUAUAGUAGAGGGUAGAGAAAUAAUGUGUAUGGUGGUGAUGUGUAUGCCAGUAAAUGACCAUCAUUGUUGGUGGCUAUUUCUUAUAUCCAUAUAUAAUCCAUUUGUAAAGAAGAAAAGGUGUUUUCAUACUUGGGACUGGGGUUUAUUUUCAUUUAAGGCUGUACAGGACUCGGUGGAUUGACCUUUUGGGAGAUACCAGGGUUGGUCCUUGGUGGUUUCUGGGUCUUGGUGGUCCUGGGAGGUCUUUGAUUUAGUUCCAAGCCAUGCUGCUGGUGUAGCUGACAGUGGUCCUGUCCUGUUGCAUUGAACCACUCUGGAGAAACCAGAUCAAAAGCUUGCCAGAAAAAAAACCAACAUGGUGAAAAUGCUGGAAAUUAUUUUGAUGACCUCUUUCUUUUUCCUUUGUAAAGCUGUAAAUACUUUGUUUUUGUUUUCUAUUCUUAACGUGGUGUCAUAUUGACACUUUUUUAGACCUAAAAUCAGAAAAUCCUCCUCGUUGUUUCUCAUUUUUUAAAAGGGGAUUUCAAGGAAGCAAAUUUUUUUUUGCUUGUUUGCUGUGUAAUAAUAGAUCAAAUUCCUAAAAUGGGUUUGUAAAAAAAAAAAACACAAACAAAAAACAACAAACAAACCCAACAUGUUUUCAGUAAACAAAUGGCAGUUGCUUUUGUGAAUGCAUGUUCAAAAAUGUCCAAAGAAUAAUGUGAUACAAACAUUUGGUUUUUUUCAGAGACUUAGUAAUUAUCAUAUUAGUUCACAUGAGGAAAAAAGAAAAAUAUUUAAAAAAAUAAAUGUGUUGGGGAGGGGAAAUGUAAUGAGACUCAUCUAAACUAAAUGUGUAAUUAUUUAUAAAAAACCCCACACGGUAGAUAUUCUAUUUUUAUGAGAGGUUUUUAAAGUGCAAACAGAAUUCUGUUAAAUGCAAUGAUUCCCUGGUAAAGUAUCUUCUGCCCUGGUGGGAUUCUAAACCCACCCAUCGCGUCCUUGGAGCCAGAGGGAAAGCAGAACACAUUAACAGCUUUUCUGCAACUGCAGAAUUAUUGCUGAGUAUUUUUUUCUUCCCCCUGAUGGUGAGGAAUUCUGCUGGAGAGGGUUGAGGACCUCUGUUUGCUCCCCUAAAUUCCAGGGGGGAAUUGCAGCACAGUAGUUAAAAAAUCUACCCUGGAGUGGUUGGAAGAUAUUCCCUACACCAGUAUAAAUUGGAAUUAACUUGAUAAAGCAAACUAAUAGAUCAGAUUUGUGCCUGAAUAUAGAUCUGAAGCUGCUAAUAGGAGUUUUUAUUGUGUUCAUUUUAUUUGCCUAACGAUUCCUGCCAGCAAAAAUACAGGUUGGGUCUUCGGUCCAAGGCUGGCUGAGGAAAAGGCCCCGUGUUCAGUGGAUGCUCUUGCCACAGCACUGCCCUCUCCCUCAGGCAGCAAUUUCCUCAUGUUUCCUUUGGCUCUGGAAAAAGGAGGAAGAAUGUUUGUGUUGGAGCACGCCAGGAAGGGAAUUGCACUACUGGGAGGUCUCUGUGUUUUCACCUUUGAGAGUGUUUCAUUUUAGAGCUGAGCAUUUUAAAGCACGAUUUCUCACCGCAAAAUGAAUUGUGCUUCUGUGGUGGUGUCAUCCCCUCAGGAGGGUUUUCCACGUGUUGCUUCAGGACUUCUGGGUUUUUUUUUAACUCUUUUGCAUGGGUCUAAGGCUUGGGAACAUGCAGGUUUUCAAGAGUUUUGCCCUCAGUGUUAAGUCACUUGGUUCUUUUUUUUUUUUAAGCUUUUAGCAGAAUUUCACUUCCGUCAGUUUGGAGUUUUAAUGGAGAAAUUGUCAAUCAAGGCAACACAAUAACCUGGUGUUAAUAACCCUGGUUUUAGAGCUAAACUAGAAACACUACCUGCUAGAUUCUUAAUUCAGUCCCUUGCCAGCUUGUUUCUGUAGAGGGGAACACUGAAGACUUGAACCCAAGUCUUUGGCAGAGCAGUGAAGAAACAGUUGAUUAUUCCUUUUUGUCUGUUUUUUUGUGUGUAAUUCAGUGUCUUAAGACCCUUCCGCAUUUGCGGGAGCCUUUCAGGGCUUCUCUUUUGAAGAAGCAACAAGUUGUGUUUCAGAAGUGGUUGUUUGAUGCUUCCAGAAAUCCCAAUUCCCUCCUCAUUUGAGGCACUCCCAACAGUGAAGCAAAGGUGGUGCUCAUAGGUCUGGCUGGCUCCAUCUUUGGAGGAAAUAAUGAUGUUUAAUGCUUCAAACAACCCCUGGGGUGGCUUCAGACCUGUGUCAUUCCAUGGAGAGCACCUUGGUACCUGUGGCUUGUGGGCUGCCCAAAUGGCCCAGAUUUCAUCUGAAAUCCUUAAAAUUUCUUGGGUUUUUUUUUGUUUUAUGGAGAGGGAUGAGGAUGGUGAAAAGUUUGGUCACUAGACACACUUCUUGUGUCACAUGGUUUCACCACACGUGCUUCAGUCCUUCAGACACCUUACCUGUGGCUAAAGUACCUAGCUGAGUUCUGCCAAAAAUGAUAAUUUAUUAUUUCAUGUGUUUAAGUGAAGGGUGUUGAUGACUCUUUCCCCAUGCUGUGUCACUUCUUGUCAGUUCCUCUUAGGUCAUGUAAGAAUUCCUUUUAUACACGUCAAAACAGACUACUGAUCAGUGUGGAAAUGAACCUGUUUCCUCUACUGUUGUAAAUAUUGUGCUUUAUAUCCUGUAUAUUAGCUUCUUUUAAAGAAAAAAAAAAAAAAGACUGAGCUGAUGAUGCUGUUUGAUCUCUGGUGAGGAAAGGGUGAAGGAUGAACCAGCUACCAAACUUGUUUGAGAUGUAAAUGGAUUUCCUCUGUCCUGGGUCUUUGCAAAGCAGACAGAAAGGUGCACACACUCACUGGUGGUGGAUUUGGGACCAUCAAAGGCUUUGGAAAUUUAAUCCACUUCCCCAGGGGCACCAAAAAACACCCAGAGCCAGAAGCGCUGGCGCUCCUGAGUCCCAGCGGGUUAUCUCCAUUUUCUUUUUUAGUGCCAAAACCAGCCCCACCAAGCCCUUCCACCUCUGCUCCUCCUACACUGUUCCAGUUUCCCAUCCUGCAUCCAUCCGUCCAUCCUCAGCCCCUCUGGAAUGGUUCAUCCUUCUGUCCCAAAUCCCACCAGGGAUGUUGGGGGGGGGGGUCUUGGCAAUGAAAACGGGUUACAGUCCUCUGGUGACAAGGAAAAAACAAAACAAAACAAAAACCACUAUAAAAUAAAUACCAACCUCCUGGUGAA